CAUUUGCCGGACGAACGUUGCAUUUUUUCACAGAAUUGGUUGAAUUGAACAUAGUGGAAUGUGUAAAAAGUGGUUGCAGUAAAAAUCGCAUAAGCAUUAAUAUUUUUUACGGUGAAGUAGGUGUCAAAUUCUAAUUACUCAGCCAAAAAUUAUUGUAAUUUCAUUGCUUUAAAGCAAUGGCGAAUGAUUACUAUGCAAACGUAACUGGCGUCCCUUCGUGUUCAUCCUCACGCUGGCUAACAGAAGAGGUUUUCAAGCUGAUCGAUAUGGUGCAGCAUGAUGAGGCCAUUUAUAAUCCGCGCCAUAAAUACUACUUUUGUCGACCAUAUGUAGAGAAUUUCUGGCGUGAAGUUGAUCAAAAACUUGAAAAGAAUCCUGGCGCCAGCCUUGCAAAAUGGACUAAUUUGCGUAUAUCUUUUCGCCGCGAGUACACAAAUUAUCUAGAAGAAAAGAUACCGCCCUGUUGGACUUAUUUUGAUCGCAUGUUUUUCUUACAUCCUUAUUUAAGGAAAAAACAUACACCACCCAAAUCACUUGACUCACAAGUACAGGACGCCUUAGUACGUAUCAGCUCUUUAUCUGAUCGUUUGCAGCGAGAGCGCACAGCAGCAGUGGCUGCCAAUGCAGCUGCUGCUCUUAGCGGUAAUAACGUUACAAGCGAUGUACACUCGUCAGUUUUACAUUCUCAGCAAACGCAUCAGCAACCAAUCGAUAAUUACUUGGAAUAUUUUGAUGAUGCCGAGCCGAAUAAUUCCGAUGAUUUAGAUGAUGUUAUGGAUGAUGAGCAGCGAAAUCGCUUUCGACAUACAGACGGACAUGUGCAUACACUCAACAAUGAUAUUAAAUCGGAAUGUGAUGAUGUUAAAUCGGAUGUUGAUGAUUAUGAGCCAGAAAUUGCUGCUGUGCGUCAAGAGGAGGAAGAUAAUGAACUUGAAGAGAUGGAAAUGCGUAAUUUCAUGAUGGAUUCAUAUGCCAGCAGCAGCACCACCGCAAUUCCAUUAGAAGAUAGACGUGCACAACUACGUAUGCAACAGUUUAUGCGUUUGCAAUCACGCUCAUACCAAGAUGAGUUUCGCAUUAAGCGACCACGCUCGCGCGAUAGCAUAAGUAGCACACAUGCUAUUGCUGCUGCCGGCAAUUCGGCUAAUACAGCUGGAAGUAGUUUACAUACUAAUCCACACCCUAGCGCUCCUCCAAUACCACCGGUUAGCGCUAGUGGCCAUACACGCAUGCAUAGCUCCCAAGUCAGCACAGCAACAACACAUACAAAUAUAUCCUUAGUACGACCAACGCUGGCAAAACCAAUGGAAUUGGUCAGCACUACCACAAGCAAUUCUGGUCCUGUCGGUCUCAGUGUUGGCGCUGGCGUUAGCACAGGCAAUGCAUUGACAAAUAAUCCAAAUAACGAAGCAGAUUUGAAUGCGAGUAGUACAUCGAAUAUAAGUAACCAGGUUGCAACAACUUCGACUGCUAUGAGUCACCAGCAUCACCAACGCCACUCAACUGCUAGUCAUCACACACACAAUUAUAGUCAUCAUAGUGCCGGUGGCAGUGCUAACUCACAUCAUCGUUUAGAAAUUGCCUCAAUAUCGUCUGGCACGUCUGGCGCUGGUUUGAGUAGCAGUAGUGCUGCAAGUGCAGCGGUACCGGUGUCAACAUUAGUGAAUGCAGCCAAUACAGCAGCGCCUCCACCUACGCCUCAGUCACAUGUGGAGUUAUGUGACUGCAAAACGGAUCCGGACGCUAUGUUCCUCAUGAGUUUGCUGCCUGAUAUUCAAAAAUUGAAUGGGCGAGAUCGUGGUAAAAUUAAGAUUGCCUUUCAAAACAUACUGCAGGAUUACUUGUAUCCCGAUUAGGAGUAAGCAUUCUAGAGGAGCUACCAAUAAACCGUGAUUUUACUUUCUGUGGUUGAAUUUGUCGAAAGAUAAGUGAUUUCGAGUGUUAAGCAAACUAAUUUUGGUGAAAAAUAUUGCUGACAUCGAAAAGCAGAUGAAACUUCUAUCCAUAAUAAAGCUUUUAAGUGGAUUGCUGUUGUUGCCGUUAAUAGCUAAGACUAAACUUAAGAAUUAAUUUACUUAAAACCUAAGCUACGUUGCACCGGCCAACUGCUGACUUUGUUGCCGAUUCUCCGAAUUGGCUUAUUUCGGUUGCGCGUGUUGGAUUUCCGCUUCACGCCGAAAAAUGAGCAUUUAUGCUGAUGAAAGCGUGUGGGAAAUAUUGUGCAACUAGAGAUGCAUUUCCGCUAUGAUUUGCACAUUAUCGCUGAUUACGUGUUAUUACUUAUUUAGUAAUUGUUAACAUUUGCCAUGUUAACAUAUAUGUAAUUUAUCAGAAAUUACAGACAUAUUUUCCGUUUGAAUAAAAAACUCCGGCUAAUUUUCCGUACUGUGUGGCUUGCCGUUCAGUUUAUUAAUAAUCAUUUUAUUCUUUAUAAAAAUCUUAUUUGCUAAAUUUACUUGGAGCCGUUGUGCUGACUUGACAUUCCUCAGCAUCAACGACCCGGCAUACACCUAGCGAAAUAUUUAUAAAGCCACUUUCGUUAAGCUCAAUAAUGAAAGAAAAAACCUAUAAUUUUGCUAUUAUUUAUUAUUUUUUCGAAUAGAUAUUUAAUUCAAUUAAUGUUAUGCUUAGUUUUAGGAAAAAAAAAAAAUAAAUUAUGCAAGUUUUCUCAAACAUAAUUUAAAUAAGCCGAACGAAAUAAUUAUAAAGCCACUUUGAUUAUGCAUUAUAUUUUUAGUAAUUAAGAGAAAAAUGAAAUGUUUAAUAAGAUGUAUGACAUCCAUUGUUAGCAAUAACUUCUUCCAAUCGUCUGAGCAUAGAAUUAAUAAAAGAAUGGAUAACGGUU